GAGACCCGAAACUAGACCAGAAUUUUUAAGGUAUUCUGGGUUAAAAUUUAAUUUUGUGUGUGAUAUUUUUUAAUCCAAAUUGGUGUGAUUAUAUUGUGUAUGAAAAAGAAUACGUACCAUAAAAUAUGAAGAUAUUUACAUCAACUGUAGUACUACUCAUCUUGAGCUACUCAUCACACCAUGUUCAUGCAUACUAUGACCCAGACAUACAUCCUAGUCCAAUUAAAUGUGGUACUGUAUUACAAGCUAAUGCCCAAAAAGCCUAUGUAUCUUCAUUAGAUGCAUAUUCAACUGGUCCAGCAAUUUCAACCUACAGUGCAUCACCAGCAAUUUCAACAUAUAGCGCAUCCCCUGCUUAUAGUUCAUAUCAAGCUAGUCCUGCAAUUAGCAGCUAUUCAGUAACACCUGGUGUUAAAGUAUCCUCAUAUACCCCAGGAUACUCACAAAUCAGUGUCGCACAACCUAAAUUGGUUGCUGGAUAUUCAUCACCAGCAAUUGCUACAGGAUAUUCAUCAGGAUAUGCAACAAAAAUUGCUGCUUCUUAUGCAGCACCAGCUGUAGCUAAAGUAGCUACUGCACCCGCUCUUGUACAAUCGUAUGCUGCUCCAGCUGUAUAUCAAUCGUAUGCUGCACCAGCUGUAGCUAAAGUAGUUUCACAACCCGCAGUUGUAUCUUCUUACUCUUCUGGAGCUUCAUAUUCUAGCUAUGCUGCCCCAGCUAUUGCGAAAGUAGCUGCUGCACCAGCUGUGUAUCAAUCUUACGCUGCACCAGCCGUAGCUAAAGUAGUUGCACAACCCGCAGUUUAUUCGUCAUACUCCUCUGGUUACGCUGCACCAGCAGUUGCAAAAGUUGCUGCUCCAGCAGUUUCAUACGCUGUAAACCCACUUCAAUACUCAGCUGCACCAGCUGUAUCAUCUAGUUAUAUUAGCUCUAGCUCAUCCAAAUUAGUGUCCUCACCAGCUUAUUAUCAAUCUUAUGCUGCACCAGCAGUAGCUAAAGUAGUUUCACAACCAGCUGUAUACCAAUCCUAUGCUGCACCAGCUGUAGCUAAAGUAGUUUCCCAACCAGCUGUAUACCAAUCCUAUGCUGCACCAGCUGUAGCUAAAGUAGUUUCACAACCAGCUGUAUACCAAUCCUAUGCUGCACCAGCUGUAGCUAAAGUAGUUUCCCAACCAGCUGUUGUUUCAUCCUAUUCAUCAGGAGCUCUUUACUCUGGCUACGCUGCACCCGCAGUUACGAAAGUUGCUGCUGCUCCAGCUGUUUAUCAAUCAUAUGCUGCUCCAGCUGUCUCUAAAGUCGUGUCAUCACCAGCUGUAGUAUCAUCAUACUCCUCAGGUUCCUCAUAUUCGUCAUACUCUUCGCCAUCAGUUUACCAAUCAUAUGCUGCUCCAGCUGUAGCUAAAAUUGCUGCUGCUCCAGCAGUUUACCAAUCUUAUGCAGCUCCAGCCAUUACUAAAGUAGCAGCUGCUCCAGCUGUAUACCAAUCAUACGCUGCACCAGCCGUAUCAAAAGUAGUUGCAUCACCUGCCGUUUAUUCUUCAUAUGCUUCUCCAGCAAUCUCUUCAUCAUACUCUUCCGGUGCACAAUAUGCUUCAUAUGCCUCACCAGCUAUAUCCAAAGUAGUAAGUUCACCAGCAAUUGCCACAUACUCUGCAGGACCAGCAAUCUCAAAAGUUGUAGCUAGUCCAGCUGUAGCUACAUAUUCAUCAGGUCCAGGUAUUUCCGCAUAUUCAUCUGGACCAGCUAUUUCUGCAUAUUCAGCAAGCCCAGCUAUUUCCACAUAUUCCGCCUCACCAGCUAUCGCAUCAUAUUCAGCAUCUCCAGCUUUGGCCUCAUAUUCAACUGGCCAUGGAGCUUUCGGUGCUAGACUCUUAUCAGCACCUGCUGCAUCACUUUCAUUGACAAAAACCGUUCAAUCUGCACCUUUAUUAGCUGGUGGUGCUUAUUUAUCAAGCGCAUCAGCCGCUGGACUCAGAUUAGCUUCUGGACCAGGCAUUUACGGUCAAUAUGCUGCAUCUGCUCCCACAUUAGCCACUUAUGCUACCUCCGCACCAGUAUUAAAAGCUCAACCAGCGCUUGUCAAGUCAGUCACUGGCCAACAAUUGGAAAAUUAUGAUUUCCAUCCACGAUAUGCCUUCGAAUAUGGUGUAAAUGAUCCACACACUGGUGACAUCAAACAUCAAAAAGAAGAACGUGAUGGUGAAGUUGUUCGAGGACAAUAUUCUUUGGUUGAACCAGAUGGUACAGUAAGAACUGUUGACUACUAUGCUGAUUGGGAUAAUGGUUUCCAUGCCACAGUUACCAAAUCUGGCAAAUCAAUUCAUAAAAGUUAAAUAAUUUAAAUUGAACGAGUACCCGCCGAGUAUAUCGAACGAAACAUCUCAAUUUAGAACGAAACAAAUAUAAUAUACAUAUUUAUAUAUUUAAUCAAUUAUUAUUUCCAAUAUAAUAUAUUAUACUCAUUAAUUCGAAAUAAGUUUGACGAAUAAAAACAAAAGCAUUAAACGCUUAAUUCAAAAUGUCACAAAUUCAGAUCUCUCAUGAAAUAUGUCAAACUUUGCUACAUUUUAUGUUCUUACUCAAUUA